AUGGAGAUAGGGAUAUUGGGAAUAGUUGGCAUGUUUGGCAAUGAACCAAAAGGCAACGGUGGCAUGGUCACCUUAGGAACUGCAGGCAUGUUAGAUGGUGGUGGUGAAAAGAAAGGAAUCGAAGGAAUUGAAGUUGGGAUUGAAGGAAUUGUGGAUGGCAUAUUUGGCAAUGAAGUGACAGCUGGAAUGGGAGGGACGGCAACCUUAGGAACGGUGGGCAAUGUUGGCAAUGUGGGCUUUGGCAAAGAUGGAAGAUUUGUUGGCAAUGUUGGCAAGGGAGUACUUGACAAUGGUGGCAAUGCUGCAGCUGGCAAGUUUGGCAAGGAAGGCAAUGUUGGUAUUGAAGGCAUUGUAGGAAUUGCUGGUUGA